AUGGAUAAAAGUUGGAUGAAGAAGAAGAGGGGUUAUAGGGAAUACGUUGAAGGUGUACUUAGCUUCGUGAAAUUUGCAUCUUUACAUGCACGUGGUGGGAAGAUCUUAUGUCCUUGUACCAAAUGUAUGAACUUGAAUUUAGUAUCGCCUAGGGUGGCACAGGCUCAUCUGUGGACUAACGGGAUGCUUGGAAGUUACACACAUUGGAAAUUUCAUGGGGAAUCGGCAGCUGCGCCAACGGCCCCCGAAUGUGGGAGUAGUCAUGUGCAAGACUCCCAUGAACAAUACGGUGACUUUUGUGGGAUGUUGUAUGAUUUGUGCCCCACGCAUGAAAUGGCAACUGAACCAAUGGGACAAGGUGAAACUGCGCAACAACCGGCUGAAGCCAUCGUUGUGUUGUUCCAAUUGAAGACUCUUUGUGGUUGGAUGAACAAGUCAUUUACUAUGUUGCUUCAAGUCCUGAUGGAUAUGCUUCCUUCAGAUGCUAAGUUGCCAAAGGACCAUUAUGAGGCUAAGAAGAUAGUCCGAGAUUUGGGUUUGGGUUAUGAGAAGAUCCAUGCUUGUUCGGAUGAUUGUAUGCUAUUUUGGAAGGAGAAUGUUAAGCUCGAGGCGUGUCCUUGUUGUAAAAAAAGUAGGUGGAAAACAAAUGAGGCAUCCGUUACAGGUAAUAAUGCCUCAUCCAGUAAAGGAAAGAAGAAAGCUGCAAAGAUCCUAAGAUGGUUCCCCUUAAAGCCAAGAUUGCAGCGACUGUUUUUGUCACCCGACCUGGCUAGUUCUAUGAAAUGGCAUGUUAAUGGUCGUACAGAUAACAGGGCCAUGCGGCAUCCUAUUGACUUGGAUGCACGGAAAAUGUUUGACACCACGCAUUUACAGUUCUCGUAUGAGCCUCGUAAUGUCAGGCUUGGAUUAGCUGCAGAUUGGUUCAACCCCUUUGGAAUUAUGAGUUCUACUCACAGCACUUGGCCUGUCAUGCUAGUCCCUUACAAUCUCCCGCCUUGGCUGUGCAUGAAACGAUCAUCCUUGAUUGUAGCACUACUUAUUCCUGGUCCUACAUCGCCAGGGAUUGCGAUAGAUGUGUACUUGCAACCUUUUGUAGAAGAACUGAGGGAAUUAUGGGAUGUUGGAGUAGAAGCAUUUGAUGCAUCUUCAAAAAAAUGUACUCCAAUUGUGUGCGGCAUUGAUGUGGACCAUACAUGA